UUCCUGUUGUAUUGAUCACCAAAUGGCGGACGACGCCGGUGGUAGAGGAGGUUUUCGCGGAGGGUUCGGGGAUCGUGGUCGCGGCCGGGGCCGUGGACGCGGGAGAGGCCGCGGCAGGGGUCGUGGGGCCCGCGGCGGCAAGUCCGAGGACAAGGAAUGGGUGCCAGUCACCAAGCUCGGCCGCCUGGUGAAGGACCUGAAGAUCAAAUCCCUGGAGGAGAUCUACCUGUACUCACUGCCCAUCAAGGAGUCAGAGAUCAUCGAUUUCUUCCUGGGUUCUGGUCUGAAGGACGAGGUGCUCAAGAUCAUGCCCGUCCAGAAGCAGACCAGGGCUGGUCAGCGCACCAGGUUCAAGGCCUUUGUUGCCAUCGGUGACUACAAUGGUCAUGUGGGGCUUGGGGUGAAGUGCUCCAAAGAGGUGGCUACAGCCAUCCGUGGCGCUAUCAUCCUGGCCAAGCUGUCAAUCGUUCCCGUCAGGAGAGGUUAUUGGGGUAACAAGAUCGGCAAGCCCCACACCGUGCCCUGCAAGGUGACUGGCCGCUGUGGCUCUGUCCUGGUGCGUCUCAUCCCAGCCCCCCGUGGUACUGGUAUUGUGUCCGCCCCUGUGCCCAAGAAGCUGCUCACCAUGGCUGGUAUUGAUGAUUGCUACACCUCUGCCAGGGGCUGCACUGCCACCCUCGGCAACUUUGCUAAGGCCACCUUCGAUGCAAUCUGCAAGACUUACAGCUAUCUGACCCCUGACCUGUGGAAGGAGACUGUCUUUACAAAGUCUCCAUACCAGGAGUUCACUGACCAUCUGGCAAAGACCCACGCCAGGUUGCCAUUGCAGAGGGGACAGUCUGUCAGCACCCCUACCGCCUAAACUUUUUGUACAGAGAAUUGUUGAAUAAACAUUCUGAAACAAAAUGCAA